UCUCCGGAGUUGGCACCGAGCGCGGCUCCCAGGGGGAAGGCGGGAGCCGAAGGGCCGGCGCGGCGCCCGAGGCAAAGUGAGGAUGGGCUCGGCGGAGCAGCGCGGCUCCAGUUGACCGGCUCGGCGACCCCGGAGGAUGGCGGGCCGAGCGCUGCGCGGGAUGUGGCUCCUGCUCUGCCUGGGCGAAGUCCUGCCGGCGGAGGAGUCCAGCGCCGAGGCGGGCGACCUCUACGCCGAGAACAUCUCCCGCAUCUUGGACAAGCUCUUGGACGGAUACGACAACCGGCUCCGGCCCGGCUUCGGCGGCAGGGGCACCCCAGGAGCCGUGACGGAAGUCAAGACCGACAUCUACGUGACCAGUUUUGGCCCGGUGUCAGACGUGGAGAUGGAAUAUACAAUGGAUGUUUUCUUUCGCCAAACAUGGGUUGACGAGAGGCUGAAAUUUGGUGGUCCCACAGAAAUUCUGAGAUUGAACAAUUUAAUGGUCAGUAAAAUAUGGACGCCGGACACUUUCUUUAGAAAUGGGAAGAAGUCAAUAGCUCACAAUAUGACAACUCCUAAUAAACUGUUCAGGAUAAUGCAAAAUGGCACAAUUCUCUAUACAAUGAGACUUACGAUUAAUGCUGACUGCCCAAUGCGUCUAGUGAACUUUCCUAUGGAUGGGCAUGCUUGUCCCUUGAAAUUUGGGAGCUAUGCCUAUCCUAAAAGCGAGAUUAUUUACACUUGGAAAAAAGGACCAUUGUAUUCAGUGGAAAUCCCACAAGAAUCUUCCAGUCUUCUCCAAUAUGAUCUGAUAGGGCAAACAGUCUCUAGUGAAACAAUCAAGUCCAAUACAGGUGAAUACGUAAUAAUGACUGUUUAUUUCCACUUACAAAGGAAGAUGGGCUACUUCAUGAUACAGAUAUACACUCCCUGCAUCAUGACAGUCAUCCUUUCUCAGGUGUCUUUCUGGAUUAAUAAGGAGUCUGUUCCAGCUAGAACCGUUUUUGGUGAAUAUUCACUUCAGGUGCUCUAUUUCCAUCUACAAAGGAAAAUAGGCUAUUAUCUCAUUCAGACAUACAUUCCAUGCACUAUGACUGUAAUCCUGUCUCAAGUUGUGUUUUGGAUCAACAAGGAAUCCGUUCCAGCAAGAACUGUGGCUGGGAUUACAACUGUCCUUACCAUGACUACACUGAGCAUCAGCGCCCGCCACUCUUUGCCCAAGGUGUCUUAUGCUACUGCCAUGGAUUGGUUCAUUGCGGUGUGCUUUGCCUUUGUCUUCUCUGCACUUAUCGAGUUUGCGGCUGUCAACUACUUUACCAAUCUUCAGACUCAGAGAGCAAUGCGGAAGGCAGCCAGGGCAGCCGCACUAGCAGCCGCCCUCUCAGCAGCUACUGUACCGGCAGAGGAUGAGAUAGUCUCGCACUCUGAUUCGAAUUGCAAUCUGAAGAAACGAAUGAACUCCAUGACAUCUCAAACAGAUCAGUCCCCUGAAACAAGUAUAUUGUCCAAUAGCGCAUCUCAAGGUCAACAAAUAUCUGCUCCUUCACCACCUUCACCACCACCUCCACCACCAGAAAUUGGAGGCACAAGUAAAAUAGACCAAUAUUCUAGGAUCCUUUUUCCCGUGGCAUUUGCAGGAUUCAAUCUAGUAUACUGGGUGGUUUACCUUUCAAAAGACACUAUGGAAUUUUUUGAACCUACGGCAAUGCAUAUUCGAAAUGACCAUCAAGCCUACUGAUGAGUACCAACUCAGGUGUGACACAGAACUGAAAAAUUUACUGGACUAAGUGGCUAGGACAAAGGACAAUUGGAACAUUCUAGUCACUCAGAAUAUAAAAUACUCCAGAUUUUGAAGAUGCUACCUGAGGACAUGAAAGUUGACACAUGAAUGGCACAAUCCUUGAAAUGUAUGCACCUGUGGAAGGUGAUUGCUAGAACACGUUCUUCUGUUGAUUCACUUCUUGUUCUGGCCAUGUUGCUAAAUAGCUCAGGGCUAAGGCCUCAGUUUAAAUGUUCAGUUUUUAAAUGGCAAAAAUGUCCCCUACAAUGUGAAUUCCUUUGUUAAGUACAAAUUUAAAUUGCACAGUUUUGUGGCACAAAUAUUCUACACCAGCUUUACAUUGCUAGUAUAGAUGAGUUUUUAAGCUGAUAUGCAAUUUGAUUUUAUGAAUUCUUACUCAGAUGCAAAUUUAGCAAAUUCAUUGGGGUGUAUUCCUCUGUAUGGGACCACAGACUUGAUCUGAUUAACUUAGGACAAAAUCAGUUUUUGCUAGAGUGGGUGUUAUGUUUAAAUAGUUCAGGGACCAAUGCACUUUGCGAUGAAGCCUUUAUCCAGAAAAACAGAAUAUUCAUAACCCUUUAACAUCUUCAUCCACCUCAAGUUUACUUACAAUGAAGAUGGGAAAAGAGUGGCCUUGCCCUGCCUUUAUUUAAUGCGAAACUGGGAAUUUCCUUCCUACUGGUGGAUUAACAAUGUUGUCUUGUGCAGAAGUAAGUUCUGUUGUGCUUGGCAGGGCUCUUAUUCCAUGGUAAGUAUCCACAGAAUUGCAUCCUGAACAAAAAAAUGGUUUAAGGCACUAUGCAUGGAUUAUGGUCAUGUGCAUGGAGCUCCUGUAACCAGAUACUGUAAUGCUAUUCUAAUGUAAAAGUGACACUAAUGAAAACAUUUUUCUAAAGGAGGAUCCACUUUGUCUACACCUAGAAGCUCUGGGGUCACCUCCAAAUCCUUUUAAUGGGAUUUGUGUUUAUAUCACUCAAACAAGGUAUGUAUAGAGGAGCACACCAUGUAUUAGAAUAGUGCAUCACAAGUUAUUUGAUGCUGAGCACAGGGAUUUUUCCUCAAUGUAUCAUGGCCUGGGACAAUAUUUCUGUUCAUUGGCUACAGUUAUUUCUUUUUUCCUUGGAAAUGGGAUCCUCAACCAAUGGCUUAGAAACCAUGAGUAGCAGUAAUCCUCCUCUAGGGGAAAAGAGAAACUCCAUAACAAAUAUUUGAGUAGAUUUUUUUUUUGUUUUAGAUUACUGUAGUUUUAGGACCCUUCCAAACAACCCUAUAUCCCCGAAUAUCAAGGCAGAAAACCCCACAUUAUCUGAGUAUGGACUCAGAUAUCCUAGUUCAAAGCGGAUAUUGUGGGAUUUUCUGCCUUGAUAUUAUUAAGGAAUUUAGGAAUGUGUGGAAGGGCCCCUAGUUUAUUUUUAUAUUAUUGUAGUUAGAGUAUCUGUGGGAAAGUUCAUAAAAGCAGAGGUGGCUUAUCAGAUAUCCUGACCCCCAAUUCUUCAGGUCUUUGAAAACCAACCCUUUGAAUUGCACCAGGAAACAAAUAAGAAGCCACUGUGUUUCAGGCAAGGAUAGAGUAAUAUGACCAACGAAGUGCAGGCCAGAACAAUCUGGACACUGCACAUUGUGUUUUCACACAUUCUUAAGUUCCAUGCUACAGAAAAUGACACUACAGUGAGUAGACUGAAGUAGGAUGGUGGCUAGUUCUGCCUUCUCCAUGAAAUGGGUAGAGCUGGUGUACAGGCCAGAGCGGGGCAAAAGUCCUCUUGACAGCAGCCAUUUGAUCUUCCACGUGUUGAAUUAGAGUUGAUCUCAGCUCCCAUUCCUUUUUAACAAACCAAUUUGUAAUCUAUUAUUUGAAGUUGGUUCAUUUAAAAUAAACCACAGUUAUGAUUAUGGUGAUAAAAGAGAGAAUAUGUAAGUGUAAACUUCCAGUUCUUCCCACAUGUUUGCACAGGAGGGCUCAGAAGGAGAGGCUAGGCUCAUUCUUGUAAUGCUAAAUCAUUUUAGCAUAGCAUCUGAAACACUUUUUUAAAAUGAAAAAAUACUGGGCAUUUCAAUCUAGGAUCAACAUAUGCAAAUUGUGUGAGAGAAGUUGAAAGAUUAACUGUUGGCGUACUCUGCUGAGUUGCUCUUUCAUUUCUCAUGUAUCUUAAUAGAACAGGUAUGAAAUACUGUCUGCAAAUCCAGCAGCUCUUUCAUUUCAGAUCUCUUCUGGAGGCAUCUGGCUCUCUUGUACCCUUUUAUGGCACACAAUUUUUGCUGUAGUUCUUUGUAAUGAUCUUAGAAUAUCUGGGCAUGAAUGUAAUGAGACUGCACUUUGUUCCUCAACCCAUUUUCCUUCCAGUGAAUGAGAGAUUGGAGAUUGGUAAUGCAAAGGAACAGGCAACGGAGAGGGUAUUCUACUCAAAGCACUGUGUGGCUGAAGGUUCCUUAUUACAUUACAGUAAGAACCCCUAAUGAGGCUCACACCCUUUGGUCACAGCACAGCUGCAAAGGGUUUGGGGCCUCUGUUAUGCAUUUGGGUUUCAGAAAAAUGAGGUAUCUCACGCAUCGGCCUGUGAAGAGGUAUGCAUGUUGCACUAUUGUACCUUAUAGGGGAAGCUGGGGAGGGGAGGCUGGAAUAACUCCUUAUGUUUUUAUGUUACUCUUUUGGAAUAAGUCAUUUCCAAAAAGGAGUCAGAUGAAUGUUUGGCUCUUUGUGCAAUUACAUUUUGUCUUUUAAUAAAAAUGUAUAUUUUAUAUGUACACUUGUAAAUAUGUAAAUAUAGUUUUAACAUCACUUGAUAUAGCAAUAAUAUAUGACUAUGAAAGUACUGAAUUUGGAAAGAAGCCCCUGAUGUAUGAGGUUAAAUGUAUUUGAACUAUUUAUUUCUGUAUUAUUUUGUUAAACUAAUAACAAUGUAGAGGAAGAAAGUAAAAUGCAGCAAUACUAUAAGAUUGAAUAGAAAAAUGUUAAAUAUUGGUUUUGAAUGUACUCUUAAAAUAUAAAGUUAGCUCUCUCCACUUUUUAUGGACAACCUUGUAUUCCAGCACUAUUGUGGGUCUGCUUCACCAUGCAACAGUUAUGGCCUCCAUCUAAAAUACAUUUUACACAUGGCAUUAUUUAAUGGCUCAUGCACUGUUACUUUGAGAUGACUAGAAGUUUUACUGAUGGCUCAGUUUCUGCAUGGAUGCCUUGGAUCUUCUCAUUUAAGUAAUAGAAAGAAUUUUAAUGAGAUAUUUGUUUUUUAUAGUAGUAAAGCAAUAUUUAUUUUAUUAAAUGCUUUGUAGAAAUAUAUCAUGGCCAUGCAACUACUUUGUAAUAAUCUUGCUGUCUAUAUCAUAAUAAAUCUGCUGACUUUUAUGUGAAACAGAA